AAUCCGAGCCCGCGCCCCACCACCCCCCACAGCAUCGCCAAUUGAAGGGGAGAGUUCAAAUCUCGUUCCUUUCGCUUCCCUGAAGAUUCACGGGAGAAAACGACGCAUACCCUUUCCUUCGUUCGAUCCGACGUUGUCGAUUUCGCCGUGCCUUUUGCCCCGUCCGCCCCCCUCGUGCUCGCGUUCGACUUUCUUGUUUUUUCUUUUGUCAGAAGGUCAGUGGGCGAAUUAAUUUUGCCUGAUACAGACCUCCUCAGACCAGUCGAAGACCGCGUUCGGGCGAGAUUGGAUUCGUUAAGAAGCUUGCGUGCGCUUCUUCUCGGUUGAUCCAAGGUCUCUGGCCAUGAGGGUGGGCAUAUAUUCUUGAAGCGAGAAAUUGGAACUUGAUGAAUUUUUGGGUAGCUGUUGCUGGUCUGUUUGCAACUUCUAGCUCUGUGACUUGAGAUUGUGCGGAUUGACUUCAAAUGGGAACCUCCAUACGCAUUGGAAAUAUAAGAAAGCCGAACGAAGCAAUGAGGCUUCUGGUUACAACUUUUGUAGGAGUUGUUUUUGGCUUCUUCCUUGGUGUUUCCUUUCCAACACUCUCAUUGACCAAGUUAAAUCUCCCGUCGGCACUUUUUCCUUCAAUCGAUUUCACAUAUAUCGAGGACAAAUACUCGGGCCUUUCAACUCAGGCGCUUUUGAAUGCCUGGUCUUCUUUGAAGGGAAAUGAAGGGAGUGCAACUCCAAUUCUAGAAUUUAAUAGCUCAAAGAUUUGGGUUCCAACAAACCCUCGUGGUGCUGAAAGACUUCCCCCAGGGAUCAUUGCUGCUGAGUCGGAUUUCUUUCUACGCAGACUAUGGGGUCUACCCAGUGAGGACUUAAUGACCAAACCAAAGUAUCUCGUGACCUUUACCGUUGGCUAUGAACAGAGGAAAAACAUUGAUGCAGCAGUUAAGAAGUUUUCAAAAAAUUUCACCAUCAUGUUAUUCCACUAUGAUGGUCGAACAACUGAAUGGGAUGAAUUUGAGUGGUCAAAGACAGCUAUUCACGUGAGUGUUCGGAAGCAAACUAAAUGGUGGUAUGCCAAACGCUUUUUGCAUCCUAACAUUGUGGCAGCAUAUGAUUACAUAUUUAUCUGGGAUGAGGACCUGGGAGUGGAGCAUUUUGAUGCAGAAGAGUACAUAAAAUUGGUAAAGAAGCAUGGCUUAGAGAUUUCCCAGCCUGGUUUAGAACCAAACAGUGGAUUGACAUGGCAGAUGACAAAGAGGAGAGGAGACAGUGAAGUUCACAAAGAUACAGAGGAGAGACCUGGCUGGUGCAGGGAUCCCCACUUGCCACCCUGUGCAGCAUUUGUGGAGAUCAUGGCACCUGUGUUUUCUCAAGAGGCCUGGCGUUGUGUUUGGCACAUGAUUCAGAAUGACUUGGUUCAUGGAUGGGGUCUGGACUUUGCCUUGAGAAAGUGUGUGGAGCCUGCUCAUGAGAAAAUAGGAGUUGUUGAUGCUCAAUGGAUUGUUCAUCAAAGUGUGCCAUCCCUCGGCAACCAGGGGCAAGCAGAGAGUGGAAAGGCACCAUGGGAAGGGGUCAGAGAGAGAUGUAGAAAAGAGUGGACGAUGUUCCAAGAACGAGUGGCGAGCGCAGAGAGGGCCUAUUUCCUGGCCAUGGGAAUGGAUCCUCCUAAUUCCACGGCUCGUUAAGCGGCACAAUGCAGACAAUGACAGAUGAUGUCUUUGUAGGGUUAUAACCUUAGUUGGCUGAGGGUUGUGUGACCUCAAUGUAACUUGGUGAGCUUGAGAAAUGCCCCGAAACUGUUUUGGUUGGUGUUUUGUCAAUGAGAAAAGGUGUCUUCUGGUAUCCAAGAGGGUGAUGGUGUUGUGGGGCAUUCUCUAAAGUCUUCUUCUUCAUGGUUGCCCGCUGUUGAAGAUCAGCAUGAUUUUGCUCGUGAAAGGUCGAUUAAUUUGGCAGAUGAAAUACAGAGUGGCGAGUGCUAGAGAUCCGAGGGAUUGUCCCGUAUCUGUAAGAACUAGUUUGCAUGAGCCUUUCUCGCAAACACGCUGAAUUGGGGCAGCGCCUUGUGUUCGUGUCGAUUUGUAUCGGUAAUAGUAGAUUGCGACUUUCAUUGUGACAACCUAAACGAUUGAUCAACGACAAGAACUCGUUAAUUCAUGUCAAUGUACGAAUUGAUUGCGGCGAGCGAUCCCUUAUUUUGAA